AAUUAUUGACCACUGAUGAUUUUUGGAGCCUUCAGAUCUCCUUCUAAAGCAAGGGCUGUGUUUCUGCUCUUUAGGUGAGGAGCCACAGCAAGCCCUGGCCACCUGCACCAUACCUUUAUCUGCACCAAGCAGCCCCUGCUCUGCUCCGUUAUCAGCCCCUGGCUGCUGGAAGGGGCUCCUCACUGCUCAAAGGGCCUUGCCCUGCAAUCAGAAUGAGUAAUGCCUCCUAGGCCCACGGAAUCAUACAAUCAUGGAAUGGUAGGGCUUGGAAGGGACCUUUAGAGACCAUCCAGUCCAACCCCACUGCAGAAGCAGGUUCACCUACAUCAGAUCACACAGGAGUGUGUCCAGAUUGAUCUGCAACUGGAAUGGGUCAGAGGUCUGGAUGAAACCUCCCAGGCUGCCUACAGACAGCCCCAAGGCCCAUGGUCUUGUUGGGAUGCCUUUGGCUUUGGGAGCAUGGGAGCAGAGCUUCACUUGAAGGCUGAAUACCAGCAACACCCCUGUGCAGCUCAAAGUGACACCCAGAGUCAAACAAAUGCCUUUGGUCAGAGCCCAGACUGGUGGCAAUGGAUGCUGCUGGUCUGGUGCUAACAUGGGGCAGGUCCUGCUAUCCUUGUGCAAGGCAUUUAAUGCCCCAGAGGGAGAGGCCUGUGCAGUGGCUGCCUUGCUAACGCUGCACACAGGAGGGAAAGAGCAGAGGAGACUGCCCCCAGCCACAUCACACAGGCAUUCCCUGGAACAUGGGGUGAUCUCUGUCUCAUUAACACCAGCUGGAGCUCCAGCACGUAGUUCAGGUGUGGAGGAACCAGACAGGCUCAUGUUUUCCACUGUUUCACCUGAAGAAAGGUGAGAAGAGACAGGAGCCUCUCUGCAGGUCAAGGGCAACAUCACUCAGCAUCCCCAGCACCCUGCUCCCAUGCAGAAGGGGCUGUGAAGCGCCCAGCUUCACAAAUCAGGUCAUCUGUCCCUCCAGAGACAAAGCCCUCAAGCUCAGAGAGCCUGCAAACCCUGCAGAGGACUCAGGGGUUGUGUUCUGGUGGCACAGGGCUGCGGUGCAGCACCCGGCACACGGGUCAGGGGCUGCUGCAGGCUGCAGGGACCCAGGGGCAGCGGCAGGGGGGAGGGAGAUAAGAAGUCACCCUGUCCUGAGCCUCCCUGUUAAGCAAGUCACAGGGCUUUUCCCUUGGAGACCACACCUCACCACAGACUGACCACUCGAUGGACAGGCCAACCCAGACCCCUCCAUGGGGCUGCAGCCAAUGGCCCCGCUGCGAGGGACGGGGAGGAGCUGCUGGCAGUGGAUAAAAAGCCCCAGUGGGGUCUGCAGCUCAGCUACAGGGUCUGUGUCCUCCUGCAACCCGGAGCAAAACCGCCUGCCACCAUGGUGCACUGGACAGCUGAGGAGAAGCAGCUCAUCACCAGCAUCUGGGCCAAGGUGAACGUGGAGGAAUGUGGUGCUGAAGCCUUGGCCAGGCUGCUGAUCGUCUACCCCUGGACACAGAGGUUCUUUGACAACUUUGGGAACCUCUCCAGCCCCACUGCCAUCCUUGGCAACCCCAAAGUCCGUGCCCAUGGCAAGAAAGUGCUCACCUCCUUCGGGGAAGCCAUCAAGAACCUGGACAACAUCAAGGCGACCUACGCCAAGCUGUCGGAGCUGCACUGCGAGAAGCUGCACGUGGACCCCGAGAACUUCAGGCUCCUGGGAAACAUCCUCAUCAUCGUGCUGUCUGCACACUUCACCAAGGACUUCACUCCCACCUGCCAGGCCACUUGGCAGAAGCUGGUUGGGCUGGUGGCCCAUGCUCUGGCCUACAAGUACCACUGAAGGCUCUGCAGGCAGAUGUGUUUGUAACAGUCAAUAAAAUUCCCACAU